AUCAGCGUGUGCGAGGAGAAACACGCCUCCCGGGUCACGUUCGCUGUCAGACAAUUUUGAGAAAGUUUAUGGUUUUCUUUUUAACACUUUGUCAGCAGUUACCGCUGUUCAACCACGUCGCCUCUGGCCUGUUUCGAGACGCUGCGUUUUCCGUCCCCGAACACCUUUGCAUCAGAAAGAUGCUUCUUCGGACAUUGUGGUCGAGACUGGGAGCUCGGCAGCUUGCUGGGAGGAGACCAGUCUCUACUGUUUCCUCAACCAUUCUUGGGCAAUGUGCGAAGGCCAGCAACAACGAGUCGACCCCAAGGAUUCAGUCCUGGUCUUCUGCAGUCACAAGAAGCUUUCAUUUAAACUCACUGAACCAGCAGUGCAUGCGCAAAACACACGUUCAUCCCACACACACAAACUUCAUGUGUAAUCAGGCUCGUUUUUAUUCAUCUAAUAUUGUGAAGUCAGUGCUAAAGCCCACCUUAAAACCAGUAAUAGUGCCUCCUAAAGGAAAAAGACCUCCGAAAGGCCCACGAACUAAACAGCCUUCUCGCUCCAACCAGCCUUUAAACAAAGAUGAUGAGGACAUGAUGCAAUGCACAGCCUUUGCAACAGCAGACCAGUAUCAUUUGCCAACACUUAGCCAUGACUUGAUAAACCACGGCUUUCAAGAGAUAGAUUUACCAAGAGAUGCAUCAAAUGUCCUGGUGAUAAGCACCGAAAACGCUGCCAAAGUGGACGACGACGCUCUUAUUUUUUUCUUCAGGGAAGGAUCUGUUGUUUUCUGGAAUGUCGAGGAGAAAGAGAUGAAAAAGGUUUUGAGGUUACUGGAACAUCACGAGAUCCAGCCUUACGAAGUCGCUUUGGUUCACUGGGAAAAUGAGGAGAUCAACUACACUGUUGGAGAAGGAAACACAAAGCUGGAGAGAGGCAACUUCAUUCUUAGUUACGACAUGGAUCAACAAGAGGCUGUCCUGGAGAAAUUUGCAUUUUCAAAUGCUCUCUGUUUGUCAGUGAAGUUGGCGAUAUGGGAGGUGGCUUUGGACAACUUUGUAGAGUCAAUUCAGUCGAUCCCAGAGAUGCUGAAGUCUGGCAGAAGAAUCAAACUGUCUUCUUCUGAGGUUAUGCAGAAGAUCGGAGAGCUAUUUACGUUGAGACACUGCAUCAACCUGCGGUCCGACCUUCUCCUCACUCCCGAUUUCUACUGGGACCGAGAAAACCUAGAAAAGCUCUAUGACAAGACGUGCCAGUUCCUGAGCAUCAACCGCAGAGUCAACGUUGUGAACGAGAAGCUGGAGCAUUGCACGCAGCUGACAGACCUGAUGAGGAGCCACUUGAGUGAAAAGCACAGCUUGAGGUUGGAGUGGAUGAUAGUCAUCCUCAUUACCAUUGAGGUGAUGUUUGAACUCGCAAAAAUGAUCUUCUGACCUGCUGAUCACAGAGAGCACAAAUCUAUGAAUGACAUUCGAGACUUCGAGGGAAGAGGUAUCCAUUCACUGGUAUUUCACAACAAAUCACUGACAAAAUGUGAAGGGGACCCGACCAGUUUUAGGUUCGUUCCUCUUUCAACAAAGGGACGAUUUUCAAACGCACAAUUUGCCUAUAAAUAUGUCCUUUCAUCCAUUGCUUACUCUCGCUUAUCCUUUCAGGAUUGGAGCCCAGCUUGGCUGACUGUCUGUUCAGAUUUGUGUUCAAACUUGUUGAGUAUUUGACUGUGUUUGUAUUUCAAUUAUGAGGUCACACUCACCUUGGCUGAAAACGUUAUUCUUGUGGCUCAUUCGUGUUAAAAGAGAGAAGAAUAAAUUCUUAUGUUAAUGUACCUGCUCCCAAUUGGUGACUCGACAAAAAGCACGAGUGCUGUUCUUUUUGUAUGUAGACCACCGCUUGAAUGUAAAACACAAUCUGUUGAGCUGACAGCCGAAUGAGACGUUUCAAUGACACAGGAGAUUUAGGGUAUGUGCAGGUAU